GCAUGGUUCACUAAAGAACACAUGGACUUGAUAGAAAGGGGGGAAACGAGGGACGCAAUUGAAGACGCCAAGAAGAAGGACGGUGAAGAGUUCAGUGGCACGACGUCAACGCGGACGAACAAGAAGGAGAAGAGUAAAAAGAGUAGUAGUAGCAACAUCGACGGAAGCGAAGAGCGGAUCAAGUCAUGGAUCUCAAGUACCUUUGGGUCGUCGCUCAAGAAGAUAAACGAGAAGUUAGAGAAGCUGGAGAAAUCGAAAAGAAGGCAACAACUCUAGAGAGUGAAUGCAGCGGGAAGAAAAUGGGGAGUAGCGAGAAGCUGAAGCGGGCAGUGAGUUCACCAACACUAAGUAAGGUGGAAAUUCGAUCGAAGUCGAUAAGUGGAGGGAUUAAGGUUAGACAACCACGAAUCCUGAUCUCCUAUGAUGAUGAAGAUCAUAGGAGGAAAGCACAGGAGAACUACACCACCGAUGUCAAACACGAGAUGCCGACAAACGAGGGCGAUAAGAAACUAGAAGCGAUCCUAAAUAUUUUAGGAUCGUUGGUCCGACAAACCAAGAUGAAGGAGGGAGACGGAAACAUCCGAGGAGAAGAGAAACAUAAGGAAGCUGCAGCGGAGGAAACCGAAUCCGAGAUUGAGAAGGCGAACGAGAAAGGAAAGGAAAAGUUGGAUGAAGACAAAGAAGAAGGAGAAAUGAGUGACGACUCCACUGAAGCCGAAGACGAUGAAGAAGAAAAAAAAAAGCAAGGAGGGGGACGUCAUUAAAUACAUGAAGGAGAGACUAGAUCACUAUAUGCGCACGACUCUCAAAGACGUGAGAGCGCUCUGCACGAAGCGAGGACUGAAGUGCAUUCGGAAGGAUAAAGGGGCUUGGGAAUU